AUGGACUCACCUGCAGGCGUGCCGUCAAACAGUCCUUCUAAUGGUGAUAUCGAUAAAGGACUUUUGUCGGUCGCGUUGAGCGACGUGCCCGCGGCUGGCAGGACUCAGGCGCCCAUCACCCAAACACUCCUGCGACGCGCAUACAGCGCCUCCUCGUCCGCGCCUAGUCCGCGCCCUCCCAUGGGCGCCAUGUUCACGCCGGGUUCCAAGAACCUGACGAGGGAUCUGCCUGCGUUAUCCUUGCUCAUGCACGUCGCGCCGCUUCCACGUUCGCGAACCUGCCGCUUGAAUUCUGUGCAGCUCGCGGAGGCGUUCAAUGACGGCAAGAGCUCUUUGCUCCUGCCGGCGGUGCAGUAG